AUGUCCGAUGGCGGAACCCUUCCCCAGGAAAUCCUCACCGACGUACUCUCUCGACUGCCCGUCAAACUUCUUUGCCGAUUCAAAUGCGUUUCUCCCUCCUGGAAAACCCUAAUCUCUUCCCCCUAUUUCGCCAAAACCCACCUCAACCGAACCAAAACCCUAAAAAACCCUAAAAACCCCAAUAAAAAAAUCCUCCUCAUGGCCGACGAUCUCUACUCCGUAGACCUCGCGCACACAAACCCGACCGCCACAAAGCUUAGUAUCCCUCCGGCGGAACAACGACUACAGCAUCAGGUACGCGUUGUGAACUCCUGCGAUGGUUUGGUGCUACUUUCCAUUCGAUGCGGCUCCGAGUUGAUCUUGUUGAAUCCAUCCACCAGAGAGUGCAAGAAACUCCCUGCAUUUACUUGUGUCGUCGAUUCUGCUAAUUAUAUCGACUCGAAUCUAUACGGCGUGGGAUACGAUUCUUCCACGGAUGACUACAAGGUCGUGAUUGUCUCCCGGCAAAUCGUGGCCGUCUAUUCACUGAGAACUGAUUCUUGGAGGAGAAUUCAGGACGCUGAUUUUUCCCUUAAGGCGUGCAGUGGUAGGGUUUUUGUUAAUGGGUGUCUCCAUGGAAUUUGUUGGAGGGAUGGUUGUAAUGGGAUUGUUGCUUUUGAUUUGUCGGAUGAGGUUGUAAGGGAAGUUCCACAACCGGCUUGGUAUUGUGGAUUUGGAUCCGAGAUUGCAUCUUAUUGGGUUGCAGUUCUCGGGGGUUGUCUCUGUUUGGUUGACAAUCGGGCGCCUGAGUUUUGGAAGAUGAAGGAGUACGGGGUACGAGAGUCGUGGACGGAAUUUAAGAAGAUCCGGUCCGGGUUGUUUAAAGCUUGGUUGGUUUGUUUGUUAGCGGAAGACGAAUUCUUGUUGAAGACCACUCUCGGGAGAGGACUUAAGCAAUGGGUUGUCUACAAUUCGCAAAAAGACACAGUGAGGAACAUGGUGGUUUGGGGCAUGCCGGAUGAGUUUUCCUUUCAAGGCAACUAUGUGGAGAGCCUCAUCUCUCCUCAUCAUGGAGGAGGGAUAGGAAGGCAAUGA